AUGUUUGCCGUACAGACUUAUGUACGAAUCAUGGCGCCAUUGCACCACUGGAUUAACCAUCCAACCAGGAGCGGUGAGAACGCGGCGGAUGGGGCUUCUGGGCAGCUUGUGGUGCAGCUACGGCUCGGGGCGAGUGAGGCCAUGAGGGCUAGCUUCGUAGAGCGCGGCCCAAAGGAGAAGCAGGAAGCUCCUCGUGGAUUGCUUGGCUUCCUUGCCAAGAGCCAGUCCGCUCAGCGUUCUGGGCACGUUUCGCCACCUCAUGGGUCCAGCAGCGAAAGCGACGACGAUGAAGACCAGGAACGCUUCCGAUACCCCGGCAUGCCGCGAGAGCCCAGGCCCAUCAAGCUCACAGAUCCUUAUCCCGGGGGAAAGCUGGCGGGAUCCAAGGCAGCCGUGGAGGUUGCGCCAGAUGUCCAGCCGCUCGAGCAUGAUGGCUCCACCACGGUGCUCUAUGUCAAGGCAGGCAGCGAGCACCGGGCGUUACUAUACCUCAUGCAGAAGGGUGAGGAGGGCCAUCAGGCCAUCAGGGCGGCGGGCGCGGCAGGAUCCGUGGCAGGAUCCGUGGCAGGAUCCGUGGCAGGAUCCAGGAUCCAUCCAGUACAUAAUGAACCAUGGCUGCAGACAGUCAAUCGGUACUUCGCCCUGGACGACAUGCUGCCUGAGGUCCCCCCGGAAAUAGCGGCCUACCACUACCUCGUGCUGGCGCCUCCUAAGGAUGGCCCGGUGGAUGGAGACGCCACCACCAGCUUCCGUAACUCGACGUUGUUUCUGUUGUCGGGUUUGGUUGUACGGCGAGUCAAGAUGCUCGCUAAGGACCCCAUGAGCGUGGGGCUGCUGGACAGCACUGUACUGCAGAGGAGGGCCCCUCGCUCCCGCCGCAACGGCCCCCCAGAGCUCAUCCCCGUGGCCAUAUACAGCCAUCCGCUCUAUCUCGACACGGCCGCCUCCAUCAUCCGCAACUUCAACCGUACGGGCCUUAUUGUAACGCCCUAUCUGUACUCGACCGUCGUGGCGGCGGCGGCUGUGUGCACCAUACAGGGCUGGUGGCGCUCCCACCUGAUUCGCGGGAUGUCCAAUUUCGGGGCGCUGCUGAAAAUGAGCCGCGCGGCCCGCACCAUUCAGAGGGCCUGGAGGAACUAUAUCCUCCGCAGCCGUCUGCUGAUGCUGUCCACCAUUCGCCGCCUGGCCGCCAGCGUGGGCUCCCUGCUGCUGGGGGCCAACCUAGCGCUCACGGCGGGGCACUGUACGGCACUUCGGGAGCGGGCGGGGCGGCCCCGGCCCGCGGCGCUGUUCCCCGAGCAGAGGCUGCGGUUCGGGUUCGACCGUGCGGGGGCCCUGUUGCUGGUGGAGCCGGACAAGGUGGAGCCCAAGAGCGUGAGGGAAGGUACCUGGACUCCGGGUCUGCCCCCUCACCCCGUACCCCGCUCCCUGCCGGAGUGGUGCGCAGUACCCCUGGCCAUGAGCGGGGAGAGGGCGGCCGUGUCGGUGCAUGGCUGCAGGGAGGUGGCGGGGCUUGAGAGUGUACUGCAGCUCAUCACGUGCGACACCGUGUGGCGGGACAACGCCGGGAAUGAGCUGUCACGCACCACGCUGCCGGACACGUCCCCGCCGGAUCCCGCAGCUACUGCCGCCACCUUUGCCGGCGGCGGCACGCCCGCCGACGUCGUACUUGCCGUCAUCACCUUUCCUUCCGUGCACGAAGCUGCCGUACGCGCCGCGCUGCUGUCCAUGUAUACUUGGGAUCCGCUGCGUCGUACAGGCGUCAACCUCGUACCGCUCCACCAGACCGCCGCCGCGCGCGGCGUACAGACGCAGGCGGCUGUCGUACAGGCCAUCAACACAAUUGCCGCCAGCGCCGGGCAUCUGGUAACGACGCCGCCGGAGGCGGAGCCGCCGCCGGCGACCGCCGGCCCGGCGGCGGCAGCCGCCGCCGCCGCCGGCACGUCGCCUAUCUACCCGUCCACGGUCGGGCUGGCUUGGCGUCACGCGCCCCCGGGCAGCCGCGAGCGGCAGCGCGGUAGUGGCAUCAUCGGCGGCGGCGCGACGCCAACUCGCGACCUCCGCAGUCCUCUUCGCAGCCUCAUCAGCCCGUUUCCUAGCGGCCAGGCCAGUCCCAUGCACCACAGCGGCGCUAGCAGCUUCAGUCACGGCCUCAGCGGCAGCCACACAAGCUUGGGUCGAAGCCAGAGCCAUAGCCACGUGCAAAGCCAAUCGAGCAGCCCGGCUCGGUCGGUCAGUCCGCAGCGGCAGCGCAUCGGCGGCGGCAGCGGCGGCUUACCGGUAGCAGGCAGCCCGGCUAGUCCGAAGAAGGGGCAGCGGUCGCCGCAGCCAGCGGUAGCGGCGGCGGCACCGUCUGACGGCGGCGGCGGUGGUAGCGGUAACGCGGCGUCGCGGACACCGUCACCUCUGCGACGGAAGCUGGGCCAGCUUCCGCUGCCGCCGGUGCAAGGAAGGCCAGGCACUGUUCCCAUGGCCUCCACCUCUAAAUUCCAUGAUCUGGAUCCAAGGGCUCCAGGCGCAGCUACUGCCGCAGCUACAGCCCCUUUGGCCGCCGCCGCCGCCGCCGCCGCCGUAACUGUCGUCGUCACGGGUGAUGGCAGCCCCGCGGAGGUCUCCGCACUAGCAGCAGCAGCAGCAGCAGCAGGUGGUGGAGGUGGAGGGGGGGUUCACCACCGGCGGCCCCGUACCACGCCGUCCUCGUGGAGGGAGGGGGAAUCGUCCCCGGUGGCGUCCUUGUGCGGGGGAGAGCCCUCCCUGGCGGGCAUGGCGCACGGCACGGCGGCGGCAGCGGCAGCUCGCAGCCCCGGUGGCCUGUACGGCACCCAGCCCGGCGCACCGCAGCCGCUGGACAACGUGCCGUUGUCAAACCUGGCGCGAGCCCUGAGCCCGCCCCCGACACACCGAGCGAGCUCGCCUAGGGCGUCGUACACAAAUUCGCCCGUCGUUGGCGGCGGCCGCGGCACCGCUAGUGGAACUGGAUCUCGCCGCGAAACGGAUUCCACCGACUUUCUUUUGAACCGCGACGGGGGCCCCCAAGGGGGGGGUCGAAUGGGGUCGCCGCCGCGGGGGUCGACACCGUCGCUGGCGGCGGGGCCGUACCGGGGGUACGACAUGCCCAGGGCUGCUGGCACCGACGGCGCCGCCGUAGGCGCAGUGUCGCCCGUUGUCCCGGCUGAGGGGGAUGGGAAUGUGUACGGCAGGGGAAGUAGCGCUGGCAGCGCUACGCACGGCGGCGCUGGCGACGGCGCGGCGGAGUUUGAUGUCGAGGCCCCCCGGGCGUCCCGUAGUCCCCCCGUGGAAUGGGCGGGAGGACAGGAGGCGGCGGCGGCGGCGGCGCGGCAACUAGAAGGCGAGGAUGCCGCGCGAACAACCGCUUUGGACAGCAUUUCAUCCCCGGUGCCCUCGCCGCCGUCGCUGACGGCACGCCGACCGCCGCCGUACACCCAAACACAACGACAACAGCACCCGCCCCAAGAACAGCAACUCCAACAACCGUCAACUGCCGAGCAACUCGUGGAGUCUCCGCCGGCAAUCAGCGGAGAACCCGGGUUCGAACCCGAGCAGGAGCAACAGCCCGAGCAAGGGGAUCCGUACUCUCGAAUGACGGUGCUACAGCGCCAUCAAGCCUUGGGGCUGUACAAUGACAUGGUGCUACUGCCGGUGCAGCGGCGGCGACCCGGCGCGGAAGUGGAGAGCCCCGUGGAGGCGGCGGGUUUCGGAGCGGAGUUCGAGGGGCUGUACUAUAGCGACCACUUGGCGCCGCCGUCGCUAGGGCGGCAGCCUUCCGGCAGUUUCUUGCCGUACUCUGAUUCCGAUCGCGACGCCGGUGGUGCCGGUGCUGGUGUUGAUAACCCUGAGCUGGUGGUGGCCCCCAUGUACGUGGAGUACGUCCACGCGCCCUCGCUGGUGGUGGAGGUGACGGAGGCACUCGCAAGCCAGGUCAUUGGGCGGCAGACUGCGGUGGGUCACGUGCACGCGCCCAACUACACCCCGCUCAGCGUUCGGGCCAUGAACCAAAUCGUGUCAGAGAUGCGGCGCGUGUACCGGGGGGAGGCGGCGGAGCUGGUGGCCAACAUGAGGGAGCAGCACAAGGAAGCCAUCGCCGCCGUCAAGGAGGAGCUGGUCGCCGCUGCUCGCCAGCUGGCGCGAGCUGAGGAGGAACGGGAGCGGUCGAUGAAGGCUCGCGCCACUCGGGCGCAUGUGCGGGCGCUACGUCGUGAGCGAGCAGCACAGGAUCGCGCCUUUGCGGCUGCGUUCGGUCGUCAGGUGGCUGGUGCCGGCAAGCAGGUCGUGCGGUCUGAGAUCCGUGCGCGGGAUGCGGUGAUGGCGGAGGCGGCGGCGGUCCAGGGUGCCAUACGGCGGCAGCUGAACAAGAUGACAGCGGAGCAUAUCGCGCAGGCGGCCUCGGAGGCAGCCGCCGCGAACCGCGUGCGAGCCUCCCUGGUUCGCGCCGAGGGCUGGACUGCCCAGGUGGCCUCCCACUACCACCUGCUCGACCAGUGGCAGGCAGAUAUCGUGGCGCUGAGGCGGGACGACAACUACGCGCGAAUGCGGCGAGUAGGGCCCGCAGGCGGCGUCUGGGGCUCGUCACGUCCGCGGGAGCUGCUGCGGGCGCCGUUACCCGUCACAAAUGUGGUGUCGGCGGCCGCGGCGGCAGCUGCGGCGACCGCCGCCGCCUCUGGCGCCGUUAUUUCCGCACCGGCGACGGGGGCCUGGCGGAGCCUGAGCGCCGGCGACGCACGGCACAGCACCCUGACGGCAACGGCGCACACGCCGCCGGGUAGCGGCGGCGGCAGCGGCGGCGACGCUGAGGGAAUGCCGCCCGCCAUCACUGGCGGGACGCGGGUGAGCUUCAGCAGCCUCUGGCCCUUCGAGGGCGAUCAUGGCAGCCUGGCUGCAAGCAGUGCGCCACCAUCGACGCUCCCUUCACGUCAGGCGCCGCUCCGGAGAUCGCUGCUGCCGGUUCCGCAGCCACUGCCGGAAGGCUAUAUCCCUGGCGGCGGCGGCGGCGGCGCUGCCGUUGCCGCGGCAGCGACGGCGGCGGCCAUGCCGCCGCUGCCUCCACCGCCAUUAAUCGAGGACAGCGAGGCCGUGUCUUCCGUUUCCACCGCCUCGCAAGUAGAUAAUGAGGUAAUGGAGGGCGCGGGCGUGGUGGCGGCGGCGAUGCGUCCAGGCUCGAAGGCGGCGAUGCUGGCGGCGAUAGCGGCGGCCAACGGCCUCCGCCAGCGUGGCAGCCCGCCACGGAACUUGGUGGAAGGUCCUGAGGGGCGGCUGGUGGACUUCCUUCCGGAGGCCUAUUCGGUGCAGCCGUUUGGCAGUAGGCAGGGGCCGAACCCGCCACGGCCGAUCGGGAUCGUGGUGUCUCGAUUUUGA